CCUCGCCGGAGCCCACCCUUGGAUUGGUUUUGCUCGCAGUUUUCUACAUUAAACUAAUUCAAACAAACAAUUGAUAAUAUCUGCACGGCGGCUGUUUUGGACACGCUCACAUUCCGGAGGUUUUAGACAUUAUUUUCCAAAUUGCUUCAGAAUGGCAGACAAUAGAUCCUCAUCAAGUGGCCUGCUUUUCAGCGUUGUGCUUUUUCUUCGCCUUUUUCAUGACGCUAAUGGAGAUGUGAGCUAUUCCAUAAGUGAGGAAAUGAAAGCGGGAUCUGUUAUUGGAAAUAUAGCCAAAGACCUCGGACUCAAUGUUGGGAAAUUGUCUACUCGAAAGGCCCGGAUUGACAGUGAGCUGAACCGCAAGCGGUACUGUGACAUUAAGCUGAACACAGGAGAUUUGAUUAUUGCGGAAAGAAUUGAUAGGGAAGCUCUUUGCGGUGAAAAAGCGUCAUGUAUCCUUAAAUCUGAGCUGAUUUUGGAGGCUCCAUUAGAGUCGCACCGCAUCAUAUUGCAAAUACAAGAUAUUAACGAUAACUCACCAAUUUUUACAAAAGAUAAAAUCAGAAUAGAAAUCAAUGAGUUGGCCGUAAAAGGAUCUCGAUUCCGUGUUUUGGAGGCGCAUGAUUUAGAUAUCGGACAAAACGCUGUUCAGAGCUACGAGUUGCAGGCCAACAGUUAUUUAGAGCUUAAAACUCAAUCCAAAUUAGAUGGGGAUAAAUUGGCAGAGUUGGUGUUGGUAAAAGAAUUAGACCGCGAAGAACAGCGAGAACUGAAAUUAAUGCUCACUGCAUUAGAUGGAGGCAGUCCAAAAAGGACUGGAACUGCAACUGUGCAUGUGAUUGUCUUAGAUGCAAAUGACAACCCACCAGUUUUUAAUCAGGUCGUGUAUAAAGCUGUCCUUCCUGAAAACGCUACUCCAAAUACAGUGGUGGUAAAAGUAGCAGCAACGGAUACAGAUGAGGGUCUAAAUGGAGAAGUGAUAUAUGAAAUAAGUCGAAUUUCAGAAACUGGUAAAAGAGCAUUUUCGCUAAAUCAAACAUCAGGCGAAAUACACGUUAUAGGGUCUCUUGAUUUUGAGGAAGAGUCCGUGUACGAAUUGCGUAUAGAUGCUAAAGAUAGAUACGGUCUGAGCUCAGACGCUAAAGUGAUCAUUGAACUGUCUGAUGUCAAUGACAACCCUCCUGAAAUUAGUUUAAAAUCUUUCGUUAACCCUAUAGCCGAGAACGUGUCACCUGGUACAGAGGUGGGCAUCAUUAACGUGCAGGACAGAGAUUCUGAGAAAAAUGGACAGGUCCGCUGCUCCAUCCAGCAAAACGUCCCUUUUAAGUUGCUUCCUUCUAUUAAAAACUAUUAUUCUCUGGUGACCACAGGACAGCUGGACCGUGAACUAGUGUCUGAUUACAACAUUACAAUCACUGCCACUGAUGAGGGCUCUCCACCUCUGUCCUCCUCUAAAACUGUUCAGUUAUCUGUAGCUGACAUCAACGACAACCCACCUGUGUUUGAGGAACAGUCCUACAGCGCAUAUGUGAGUGAAAAUAACAAACCUGGCUCCACUUUAUGCUCCGUUACUGCUAGAGACCCCGACUGGAGACAAAACGGUACAGUGAUCUAUUCUCUGUUACCUGGUGAGGUGAACGGUGCCUCGGUGUCCUCCUAUCUAUCUGUUAACGGAGACACGGGGGUGAUCCACGCUGUGAGGUCGUUUGAUUAUGAACAGUUCAGGAGUUUUAAGGUCCAUAUGAUGGCCAGAGACAACGGUUCUCCUCCACUCAGCAGCAACGUGACCGUCAGUGUGUUCAUAUCGGAUGUGAAUGACAACUCUCCUCAGAUACUGUACCCCGCCCCGGAGGGCAGCUCCUUCAUGACCGAGCUGGUCCCCAAAGCUGCACAUGGAGGGUCUCUGGUGUCCAAAGUGAUAGCGGUGGACGCAGACUCUGGACAGAACGCCUGGCUGUCCUAUCAGAUAGUCAAAGCUACAGAUCCUGGACUUUUCAGUAUCGAUCUCCACAGUGGAGAGAUCAGGACACAGCGGGACAUUUCAGAAUCUGACAGCAUGAAACAGAACCUGAUUGUUGCAGUGAAAGAUAACGGACAGCCCUCUCUGUCGGCCACCUGUGCCAUGUAUUUACUUAUUUCUGAUAACUUGGCUGAGGUGCCAGAACUGAAAGACAUUUCUUAUGAUGAGAAGAACUCCAAACUGACCUCUUAUCUGAUCAUUGCUCUGGUUUCUGUGUCCACCUUCUUCCUGACGUUCAUCAUCAUCAUCCUGGGUGUGAGGUUCUGUCGCAGGAGAAAGCCCAGACUGUUGUUUGAUGGAGCAGUAGCCAUCCCCGGAGCUUAUCUCCCUCCUAAUUACGCAGAUGUUGACGGAACAGGAACUUUACGCAGCACUUACAAUUAUGACGCCUACCUGACAACAGGAUCUAGAACCAGUGACUUUAAGUUUGUGUCAUCCUACAAUGACAACACACUGCCUGCUGACCAGACUCUGAAGAAAAGUCCGACAGAGUUCGCUGAGAUAUUUUGCCGGCCAGACGAGUCUCCAGAGGUAGGCAAAACAAUAUUAUGCAUCAUAUUUUUUUCAUAUAUGUGUCUUAAAUUGUUGCGCUGUUAAAGCAGAUUAAUAGGG